AUGGCGGAGAUUAGCUCAAAACCACAUGCCUUGCUGGUCCCAAGCCCCAUGAUGGGGCAUCUCAUCCCCUUGAUGGAGCUCGCAAGCUCCCUAGUCACCCACCACAACUUCCACGUCACAGUCGUCGUCGUUUCACCCAACUCAUCUCCUGAACUAUCCAAGGUCAUCCAAUCCGCCAAGACCAAGAAGCUCUACGACAUCGUUGAGCUCCCAGCACCCUCCUCCGGCCACGUCUCCAACAUGGCCGGUGCGGUCUUCACGAACCUCGCCGCCCUCAUGCUCGAUGCCAUAUCAUCUCUCCGGUCUGCAAUCUCGGUCUUAGAAGUCAAACCCGCCGCAAUGAUCGUCGAUAUUUUCGGCACUCCAGCCCUCACUGUGGCAGAAGAAUUCCAUAUGCUCAAGUAUGUGAUGGUAGCUUCCUGUGCUAGGCCAUUGACUGUGCUUCUAUAUGCUCCAGUUUUAGACACACAGAUACAAGGAGAGUAUCUGGAUUGUGAAGAGCUUCUGGAGAUUCCGGGUUGCAAAGCGGUUCGACCUGAAGAUGUGGCGAAGCCGAUGAUGAACAGGAAGGAUAGGGAAUACGGGGCUUACUUAAGAAAAGCGAAUGAUAUUGCUUCAAUGAGUGAUGGGAUCAUGAUCAACACAUGGGAGGAUCUGGAAGCUAAGUCUCUUAAGGCUAUGAGAGAGCAUCCAGAGUGGAACAAGAUACUUAAGGUUCCGGUUUACACUAUCGGACCUCUGUUUAGAUCGGCAGGGCAGUCCAGUGGUGGUCCAACAACUCCGAGGAGUGAGUUGUUGGAUUGGCUGGAUAAGCAACCUAAGGAGUCUGUGCUUUACGUAGCGUUUGGGAGUAUGGGGGUUCUUUCGGCUGAACAGAUCAUAGAGAUGGCUUGGGGUUUGGAGCUUAGUAAGCAGAGGUUUAUAUGGGUGGUGCACCCACCAAGCAAGAGAUCAGGUGAUAAAGGGAAUGACAUAUCGGAGUAUUUACCUGAGGGGUUCAUGGCUCGGACUCAUGAAAGGGGUGUGGUGGUCACCGCUUGGGCUCCUCAGUCGGAAAUCUUGGCUCAUUCGUCGGUUGGAGGGACUCUAUCGCACUGCGGGUGGAACUCAUCGGUGGAGAGUAUACUGAAUGGUGUGCCGAUGAUCGCAUGGCCGCUAUAUGCAGAGCAGACGAUGAUUGCAACACAGCUGGUGGAGGAGCUCAAGGUGGCGAUUAAACCUAAAGAGUUGCCGACGAAAGCAGUAGCGGGGAGGGAGGAGAUUGAGAUGUUGGUGAAGAAGAUUAUGGAGCAGAAGGAAGGAGAUGAAAUGAGAGCAAGAGUCAAGGAAUUGAAAGCAAGUGGGGAGAAAGCUCUGAGUAAGGAAGGGUCUUCUUUCAAUAUGCUCUCUGAAUUGUCAAGGCUAUGCAAGAUCAAUACCGAACAGCAAGGCCAGAAAGUUUGA